AGGCCCAGCCCGGGCUGUGGCUCAGCUCUCAGAGGGAGUCGAGCACCAGGCAGCGGUAUCCAGCCAAGCCCCCUGCCAGCAUGGCCAGCGAGUUCAAGAAGAAGCUCUUCUGGAGGGCAGUGGUGGCCGAGUUCCUGGCCAUGACCCUCUUCGUCUUCAUUAGCAUUGGUUCUGCUCUCGGCUUCAACUACCCGCUGAGGAACAACCAGACAGCAGGUGCGCCCCAGGAUAACGUGAAGGUGUCCCUGGCCUUUGGGCUGAGCAUCGCCACACUGGCCCAGAGUGUGGGCCACAUUAGUGGUGCUCACCUCAACCCGGCUGUCACGCUGGGGCUGCUGCUCAGCUGUCAGAUCAGCAUCCUCCGGGCCGUCAUGUACAUUGUCGCCCAGUGCGUGGGUGCCAUCGUGGCCACCGCCAUCCUCUCGGGCAUCACCUCCUCCCUGCCGGACAAUUCGCUCGGCCGAAAUGAGCUGGCCCCUGGCGUGAACUCUGGUCAGGGCUUGGGCAUCGAGAUCAUCGGCACCCUGCAGCUCGUGCUGUGCGUGCUCGCCACCACGGAUAGGAGGCGCCGGGACCUCGGGGGUUCGGGACCUCUUGCCAUCGGCCUCUCCGUGGCCCUGGGACACCUGCUGGCGAUCGACUACACAGGCUGUGGCAUCAACCCCGCCCGGUCCUUUGGCUCCUCUGUGAUCACACACAACUUCAAGGACCACUGGAUUUUCUGGGUGGGGCCGUUCAUCGGGGGAGCUCUGGCUGUGCUCAUCUACGACUUCAUCCUGGCCCCGCGCAGCAGCGACCUCACGGACCGCGUGAAGGUUUGGACCAGCGGCCAGGUGGAGGAGUACGACCUGGAUGGCGAUGACAUCAACUCGAGGGUGGAGAUGAAGCCCAAAUAGAGAAGCCCUGGCCCGGGCACCCAUGUGGGGGCGGGG